AUGAUGAAGCUUGUGCAGAUUCAAGAUAUCAUUCUGACCAUGGAAGUGGUUCGAUUGGUACCAAUAAACACUUCUCCAUGUCUUUUGGUUCGUGGGAUUGUCAAUUAUGCAGAAAAAAAGGUUGAAUUUUUUGACAUCAUCGCAAUGGAUUUGAUAGGUGGAAUAAACAAACGGCCUUACCAUGAAGACAACACUACUGAGCAGCAGCAUGUAAGGCCAGAGCUUGGGCUUUCUCUGAAGAGAUGUGUCUCUGGGAGUUUAGAGAAGAAUCAAGAUGAAAGCAAGCAUCAAAAGCUUAUUAGCCUCGCUGAUGCAUCAACCUUCUCACGAUAUGAGAAGGAUAAGCCAGUAGAGAAAGCAGUUGGUGUUGUUGUAGAGGCAAGUAGUUCAGGUGAGCCCAAGACACCAAAACAAUCACAUGAAAAGCUAUUAAGAAGAUGUGAUCAGGGAAGCGCUAAACCGAGCAGCAACCAUAAGAAUAUAGGAUCACCAGCUUCUUUUGUCCGGGACUAG